AUGGCCCCCACUGCUACUAAUGAAGAAAUAAAACAAACAUCCAAAGGUUAUGACUUUGGAACCCAAGGCUCCCACAAUAUCUCUAUGGGCGGAGAGCAUCCUUACAGAAAGCCCACUUUCACCGAUAAGCUUGCUGAAAGAAAACAUGUGCUUGAACACGCUGCUGCUACAUUUCGUAUUUUUGCUAGAAAAGGUUAUGACGAAGGUGAAGCUGGACAUUGCUCCAUGCGUGAUCCAAUUGACAAAAACACCUUUUGGAUCAAUCCCUUGGGGGUUCAUUUUGGUUUGAUAAGAGCUCAAGACUUGGUUCAUGUUACUGAAAAAGGUGAGAUUUUACCAGAUGGUAAUCAGGCUCCAAUCAAUGCUGCUGGUUUUGCUAUUCAUUCGUCUUUGCAUCAAGCUAGACCUGAUGUUAAUGCUGCUUGCCACACACACUCAGUCCAUGGAAAGGCAUAUUCAACUUUUGGUAAACCAUUGGAAAUGAUUAAUCAAGAUGUUUGUGUGUUUUACAACAAUCAAGCGGUUUAUGAGAAAUUCGGUGGUGUUGCGUUGGAGAAAGAUGAAGGUAAAGCUAUUGCAGAAGCUGCAGGUGAUGUUCGUUGUGUUAUUUUACAAAACCACGGAUUGUUGACUAUGGGUCUGACUAUUGAUGAAGCGGCUUACUUGUUUACCUUGAUGGAUAAAUCUUGCCAAGCACAAUUGAUGGCUGAUGCUGUUGACCAAAAGUUCAAGCCUAAACAAAUUAUCCCGGAUCAAGAAGCUCACUACAGUGCUUAUGUCACAAACGAUCCUGAUACUUUGUAUGCCGCUUUCCAGCCAGAUUACAACUUGCAAGUUAAAUUGGACAAUGGUGACUUCUUGUUUCCAGAAGAAAGCUCGUAG